AUGAGGAACUCAGUGAAAUGGUCUGCUUGCCCCAUUCCUCUACCUCUCCCUCGUCUUCCUACUCUCAUUACACGAAACUUGUCGUCUUAUACCUACCGUGCCACUAACAUCCCACCUCAGCACGCUCACACAGAGUCUACCGUGCCAUCAUGGAUCGACUCUCUCAUCGCAGAAGAACGCAUCCACGCUUACUACUCCCAGCUCGGCGUCUCUCUUUGCGAGCCCCCGGCUGUUGCCAACCAUGAUAUCGAAUCAGGUAUGGAGCAGCUCCUCCAAGUCGACUACUCUUCUUCCACCAAGCAACAGCCGAGUGCCCGACUCGCUGCUAGCUCGGACAACCAGGUGCCUGCUUCACUGAAGCUCUUUGAGAGUAAAGUCGCCCUGGAUCAGACCAACAUCCGCCAUGAAACACCGCUGGAGCGCUUCCUCACGCCGGGAUACAGCGAUCCGUGCUUCUAUGCCCAGCCUGCACUGGCCCAGGCGGGCAUCCAGCUGGGGAGCUUGGAGGGGAAGGAGAAAAGGAAGCGAAUGGCGAGGGAGAAUGUGGAGCGUGUCGUUUCUAGGAGGGUGGACUCGUCACCCUAACCCUCUUUUGGAGUGUCUCGCGUGUAUGCUCUCAAUCCGUUUCUUAUGCCACUGGGAAGACGUCCCUUCUGCCCUGUAGUACGCCGGGCCAGA